CACGUACACUGCUCGUGGACUCUGGACGCCCAGUUGCGCGAAUUCUGCCGCGGGCGAAGAAGCUCGGCGCCGCCUCGCGCCGCCUCCCCCAAAGUCCCUGCCCCGCCGCGGAGCGUCACUUCCGCCACCCCGGGCUGGGGUUGGGGCGGGGAGCGCGGGGGAGGGGGCCACUAGGUCGGAGGGAAGGCCGCCUGAAGCCCGCGCCCUAGCAGGGACUACAUUUCCCGAGGGGCCUCGGCGGAGGUAGCGACGGCGGGCGCGGCGACGUCCCCCGGAAGUGGAGCCCGGGACUUCCACUCGUGCGUGAGGCGAGCGGAGCCGGAGACAAGAGCAGAGGCCGAACUCGGGAUCUGACAAGAUGGCCGGGCUGCCCCGCAGGAUCAUCAAGGAAACCCAGCGUUUGCUGGCAGAACCAGUUCCUGGCAUUAAAGCAGAACCAGAUGAGAGCAACGCCCGUUAUUUUCAUGUGGUCAUUGCUGGUCCCCAGGAUUCCCCCUUUGAGGGAGGGACUUUUAAACUUGAACUAUUCCUUCCAGAAGAAUACCCAAUGGCAGCACCUAAAGUACGUUUCAUGACCAAAAUUUAUCAUCCUAAUGUAGACAAGUUGGGAAGAAUAUGUUUAGAUAUUUUGAAAGAUAAGUGGUCCCCAGCACUGCAGAUCCGAACAGUUCUGCUAUCAAUCCAGGCUUUGUUAAGUGCUCCUAAUCCAGAUGAUCCAUUAGCAAAUGAUGUAGCUGAGCAGUGGAAGAGCAACGAAGCCCAAGCCAUAGAAACAGGUACUUCAUAUCUGUUCUCUUUUAUCUGCCUCUGCUUCUCAGGAUAGGUCUCUUUGACGUUUUAUCUGAAACCUCAAAUUAUUUAAAAGUAAUCUAUAAAAGAUUUUGCAGUGUUUAACCACAGGUGUCUAAUAAUAAUGAGUAUCUACUAUACUGGCAGUAUGUAAAGAUAUUAGAAAACUUGGCAACUGUUCUGAGCUAUUUUUAUGGUUCACUUGAAUAAUAUAGCUGUUUGUAAAGAAUAUGGAACUAACAAACUUCUUUCUGCUACAACAAAAUUAGUGAGGGGACAUAUCUAUUCAGAAAUGAAAGAAUUUUUUCCUUACGUUGAAUUUUAUGAAAAGUUUGAAGCUAGUCUGGACUGUACAGUGAGACUUUUAGAAAAAACAAAACCCCUUUCUAAUUAAUUAAACUGUUUUGAUAGUACGGUAUUCAGAAAACUGACCUGUUUCUAGGAGAUGGUAUGAAUGUAGGAGGGUAAGAUGCAUGACAUUUCCACAAAUUGUACUUGUUUGCUGUUUAUGGUGUUUGGAAAGAAACUAACAGCUGCAUGUUUGUUUUUGUCUACAGCAAGAGCAUGGACUAGGCUAUAUGCCAUGAACAAUAUUUAAGUCGAUCAGAUCAUCAAGUGUACACCACUUCUCCUGUUCUGCCAAGACUUCUUCCUUUUUUUGUUUGCAUUUAAUGGACACAGUCUUAGAAACAUUACAGAAUAAAAGCCCAGGCAUCUUCAUCUUUGGUGAUCACAUGCACUUAGCAAACCUGUCUUGUCCUGAUUCACUGUUGUAAAGCAUGAGCAGAGGCUAGAAGCAUCACCCGGGUUGCUGAGAGAUGCUGAGAAGCAGGACUCUCUGCUUUGACUCCUUUCCCCAUCAUGGUCUAAGUACAAGGCACUGUGAAUGAAGGUAGUUGUCAGGGUUAGCUGCCAGGGGCAUGGGUGUUUUUAUUUUAUUUUUUAGGGGGAAAGUAGUUUUAUUUUAAUUUUAUGGCCUCCCCUCUCUUAAGGGAUCUAAUUGCAGUGGUUAAAUGCAGCUAACCGGUGUUUUAGAAUAUGCUCUCUAGCCAAGUCUAACUUUAGACGCUGUAGAUGGACAAGCUUGACUGUCUGAUCCAAAAUGGGAACAUUAAAUAAACAUCACAGCCCUCACUAAUAACAUUGUGACUUUGCCGUCAGGUGUAGAUUCUCUGUCCCCCCCCCCCCCCCCCCAAAAGACGAAGAAAAAGCUUGUGACCAUUUUGUAUGGCUUGUCUGGAAACUUCUGUAAAUCUUAUGUUUUAGUAAAAUAUUUUUUGUUAUUCUA